ACUCACUCAGAAGACAAAACAUGUUUACGUAAUUUACGUGACUAGGAAAUUUUCCAAGUAUCGUUCGUAAAAUUAAACCACAACGGAAUUGAUAGCUUCAGUGAAACCCCAUAGGAAAGGCCGAUCGAGUGUCAGCUUCCGAUCCACUUCUCGUUUCGAUGUUAUCUGAGGCUAAUAACAGAUAUUGUAAUUUUAAUGCAACCAUUUUCUGGAGCUACUAGCAACUGUGAAUACGAAGUGCCUACAACCUAUCGAUUAUGGCGAUUUUGGUGAUCGGUCCUAUGAGCUCGGGAAAAUCGAGUUUGAUCAAACGGCUUGAAGAAGUGACCGCCCCAGAGUACCGAAGGAUGCCGCACACGUUUCCUACGACAGGAUUAAAUAUCACUGAUGUUCGAUUGAUGCCCGGAUUGCGCAAGUCGAUGACGGUGACGAUUCGCGAACUUGGUGGGGUUAUGUUUAAUCUGUGGACGAAGCAUUCCGUGGAGCGAGACAUUGAUGCUGUCCUGUUUAUUGUGGAUGUCUCGAAUCGAGAGUUUUUCCCUCCUGCCCAGGUUGGGCUUUACGACAUCCUUACCUGCGGAGCCAACGCACCGCUACUGAUUGUGUUUAACAAAGCUGACCUAUGUACAGAAGGGGAUGUGCAGGAAUAUCGGCAGGCUUUGAAUAUCGAUCGGUUAAGUGAUUUCGCGAAUCAGAGUAUCGAUGUCGUUCGUACUAGCGUCAAGACUAUGUUUGGAGUGGAUAAAAUGCACCAGUGGAUCAUGGACAAAGUCACAGCAGCGGAGGAAAGGCGAAACGGAAAUAACCCCGCUUAAAA